AUGUCAUCCGUACUUGCACCAAAUUGUUCCAUCCUGCAAGUCAACCCACAGACUACUAAUGAUAGUCAGAAGGGCAGUAAAACUCAUAGUGUACAAUCGAUUGAAACCGGGUCGAGCCAUUCAUCUGCUACCGUCAAGGCCCAAAAGGCCGCUGCGGAGGCAAUGGCCUUACGUCGUCGUCUAGAGCGUGAGUUAGAUUUUGCCGCAAGGGAACGUGAGCGUGAAGAACAACAACGUGUGCGUGAAGAACAACAACGUGUGCGUGAAAAACAACAACGUGAUCGUGAACUACAACUUUCAGCUCUACAGGAAGAGGUUGAAAAUAGCGAGCUACGUGCCGAGUUAGCAGCUAUUGAAGCCAAUGGCAGCUGUACUGGAAGUCGCACAAGUCAUCACAAUUCAACCAGGGUGGUAAAUGAUACAGAGAGGUGGGUGGAAAAUACUAAGUUUAUUAAAAACCAAGGAGAUAUAGGUAAUAGGGUCAUUUCCGCAAUUGAAUGUGAACAACAAGAUUUUGUUCCAUCUGCCGGUUGUCCGGUAUUACCACCGACAACCACACGGCCAACUGCAUCCCCUGUUAUACUUUCUAUGCGACAACAUAAUAAUAUAAUUAGUGUGCCCGAGGCGGUGGAUAUGACGGCCCCGCUCGUUAAUACGGACACAAAUAUUUUUAAAAUUGUAGCGGACACCGCUGCAGCAGCGAAAGCUCUUGCGUCCAGCCGAGGGUCCAAUCCCGACCUAUUUCCAUUUUCAGGGAACCCACUUCAGUGGCUACAUUUUAAACGCAUCUACGAGCUCACUAAAAAUAAUUUCUCUACUUUAGGCAAUCUAUCCAGACUUCAGAGUGUACUGAGAGGGCCCGCGCAUGACGCUGUCGCGGCAUUACUGAUGGCAACGGAUAACCCGGACGAAGUCAUACGCGCACUUGAAGAGAACUUCGCGCGUCCCGAGUUGAUCGUGUUCAGGGAAGUAUCUCAAUUAAAAAAUCUUCCACGUCUGGGCACUGAUCUCAAAGAACUCGCUACUCUUGCCAAUAGGUCAUCUGAAGAUAAACUUUUUGUGUCUACUACUCAUACCGGAGUACAACAACCUACAGCUAGUCGUCCGCGGGCAUUUUUAAAGGUGAUACCUAUCACAGUCUCGGGACCUAGAGGGAGUUGUGAUGUCUUCGCACUUCUCGAUGACGGAAGUACAGCCACUUUAAUCGACACUAGUAUUGCGACGCGCAUAGGCGCGACAGGGCCGCAACACACGAUUACAGUGAACGUAAAAAAUGCUAAGGCAAUGGACUCAUUAUCUUUACGAUCUCAAACAAUUAAUCGAGAAGAUAUUGAACCAUACUCACACUUGUCCGAUUUAGUUGAUGUACUAUCAUAUGAUGACGUCACUCCGACUGUUUUAAUAGGUGCUGAGGAUUGGCACUUGUCAAUUAAUCGUGACGUUCGCGUUGGUAAAAAGAAUGAACCCGUGGCCUGUUUAACGGUACUAGGUUGGACAUUGUAUGGGGCUUCUUCCAGUAAAACCAAAUUAAUCGAAUUUGUUAACCACGGAACAUUUAUUGAACCAUUUAAGGAUGAUGACUUAGAGUCUUUAAUUAAAGAACAAUACAAAAUAGAUUCUUUAGGUAUUUCUAAAACAGAAUCAGUAUUGAGCAUGCAGGAACAACGUGCUGUUGACAUCUUAGAAGCGACCUCGAGGUGUCUACCCUCUGGUAGAUUUGAGGUAGGCAUGCCUUGGCGUCACAAUAUACACUACGUCCCUGACAGUUAUCCUCAAGCGUUAUCACGGUUCUUAAGCUUAGAAAGACGCAUGUCCCAUGAUACCGACUUUUCUAAAGCGUAUUGUGAUUUUAUAACAAACAUGAUUACUAAAAAUUACGCAGAAGAAUGUGCAUCUGAGACUUAUUAUUCAAAGGGCUGUAGUAAAAUAUUGCCCGAAAAUAUUCGUUUUUACCUUCCACAUUUCGGUAUAUAUCAUCCUCAGAAGCGUAAACUUCGAGUUGUUCAUGAUGCUGCAGCUAAAAAUGAGGGUGUCAGCCUGAACUCAUUGUUACUUCCUGGGCCUGAUCUGCUACAAUCAUUAUUAAAAAUAUUAUUUUGUUUUCGUGAGGGUCAAUUUGCUAUGAUGGCAGAUAUUAAGGAGAUGUUUCCACAAGUUCGAAUAAGGGAACAGGACAGGGAUGCCUUUCGAUUUCUUUGGAGAUACGACAAAUCACAGCCCAUAAAAGAGUACAGGAUGACGGCCGUCAUUUUUGGCGCAUGCUGUAGCCCAUUUAUUGCACAGUUCAUAAAAAAUAAGAACGCAUCGCUUCAUGAACACGUGUAUCCUAAAGCAGCAGAAGCCAUAUUGGGUCAUCACUAUAUGGAUGACUAUGUAGACUCGUUAGAUAAUAUCAAUGAGGCAGCCCAGUUAGCAUCAGAUAUUGUCACAGUGCAUGCUGCUGCUUGUUUUGAGAUGCGGGGUUGGAUUUCCAAUGAGCCAAUGGUGUUGAAACUUGUCCCAGAAGAGCUUCGUGCAGCUCAACCAUUGGAAAUCGAUCUUUGUAGCUCUGUCACUAAUGUCCGAGCUUUAGGUAUAUCAUGGAGCCCGAUAACUGAUAAUUUAGGGUUCCGCACUGGUAUAGGUGAAACCCACCCUACUUCCUUAACAAAACGUAAAGUCUUAUCACAUAUAAUGCGAGUUUAUGACCCAUUGGGUUUAUUAGGGCCUAUUGUCGUGAAAGGACGAAUUUUAUUUCAAAAAACCUGGAGAACUAAUAUCGAUUGGGAUACCGAACUUUCCCAAUCAGAAACGUCUAAAUGGAAUGAUUGGUUUAAGGAACUAUUAAAUAUUUCUUCAUUAACCAUCCCUCGCUGGUAUUCUAGCAGUAGAGGAUACGAACCCUCACAUAGAGAAUUGCAUAUCUUCGCGGAUGCAAGUGAGCUUGCAUAUGCUUGCGUCGCUUAUUGGCGUUUAGUGUACGCUGACGGAAGUAUCAAGCUUGUCCUCAUUUCGAGUAAAGCUCGGGUUUCUCCUCUGAAGCCAAUUUCAAUUCCACGUUUGGAACUUCAGGCCGCUCUAAUGGCAUCACGUCUCGCAAUCACCAUUAAGGAUAGUCAUCGUAAAAAGACAGCAUCUACAAACUUUUGGACUGAUUCGAUGACUGUUCUGCAAUGGCUACGAAGUGACGCACGAUGUUUCAAACCAUUUGUUGCCCAUCGCAUUGGAGAAAUGUUAGAAAAUUCAUCUGUUAGCGAAUGGCGAUGGGUGCCCACUGACAUGAACGUAGCCGACGACGCAACUAGACUACUUCCCAUUGAUUUAAAUUAUUCUCAUAGGUGGUUUUGCGGACCACCUUUCUUAUACAAUUCUCCUAAAACAUGGCCCAUAGAGCCAGUUAACAUCACACCAAUUCGUGAGGAGCUAAAAUGUGAACCACACGAAUUGGUAGGAUUCACUUCUUUUGACACAGAUAUGAUUAGUCCAGUUACUGCUCAUUUUAAUUAUUUUAGCGACUGGAUCCGUUUGUUACGUGCUACAGCUCGGGUUCAUCAAGCUGCAGCUAUUUUUAGAAAAAAUUUGGUCAAAUUUCGAAAUUCUAAAUUAACUGGUGAAGUUUUUCAGUCUCGCCAACACUCAACGUCCACUAAUCUAUCACCGUUAGGAGGCGAACUAAUUAAAAACGCAGAAAGACAUAUUUUGAUGCGUACACAACUUGACAGCUUUGGAGAAGAAUACAGAAAGAUUCUAAAUUCUGAGCCAAUACCUCGAAAUAGUCGCUUGUGUAAACUGUCACCAAACAUUGGAGAAGACAAAUUACUACAUUUAGCUGGCAGAAUCAAAGCCGUAGAAGACGUCGAUCCUGAAACCAAGUUCCCCAUUUUGCUCGACGGCCACCACUCAGUCGUACGCCUAUUGGUACUUUAUUAUCAUCGACGGGCUGGCCACGCAAACCAUGAAUUGGUGAUAAACGAUCUGCGCCAAAGAUUCUGGUUAAUUAGCCUACGUAAUACUGUUAGAUCCGUAGCUAGACAAUGUCCUUUCUGCAGUAUUCGGAGAACCUUACCGAUGGAUCCAUUACGUGGAGACCUCCCACAACAAAGAUUAGCACAUCAUCAAAGACCUUUUACAUUUACAGGAAUAGACUAUUUCGGCCCAAUUACUGUCACUAUUGGGCGACGUCAUGAAAAGCGCUAUGUGGCUUUGUUUACAUGCUUGUCAUCAAGAGCUAUUCAUUUGGAGGUGGUACACAGCCUAUCUGCUGACGCAGCUAUAAUGAGUCUCAGACGAUUUAUUGCCAGAAGGGGAGCUCCAACUACCAUAUUUUCAGAUAAUGGUACCGCCUUUGUAGGAGCCUGCCGUAUUCUCAAGGAAUUUCUAACUACCGAUGUAAAAGACUUUGUAGCCACGAAAGGCAUCACCUGGAGUUUCAUUCCACCAGCAGCACCGACUUUUGGAGGAUGUUGGGAGCGCCUAGUAAGAACAGUAAAGGUCGCACUAAAGGCCACUCUAAAAGAAAGGUCCCCUAAGGAGGAAGUACUUUUAACAUUGUUAGCAGAAGCGGAGGCAAUUGUAAAUUCACGACCUUUGUCCCAUGUUUCAAGCGAUCCUGAUGAUCCAACCACAUUAACACCAUUUCAUUUUCUCAUAGGUACAUCCUCAAACCAAAUAAAUCCAGUACUAGAAGACCGAGAUUUAAUUGGGCGAUCAGAUUGGAGGAAAGCCCUACGACUGUCUGACCACUUCUGGAACAGGUGGGUACGCGAAGUACUACCCACAAUGCAACCACGAGCACAGACAAGAGGUAUGCAGGGACAAGUUUUACAGAUUGGGGACGUGGUAAUAAUAGUAGAUGAGUCCUUACCACGAGGAACUUGGCCACGCGGACGAGUAGAGAAAAUGUUUCCCGGGAAAGAUGGUGUGAUAAGAGUAGUGGACGUUGCCACAUCAGGAGGCACGCUACGGCGACCGCUUAAAAAACUAGUGAAGUUGACCACUUAA